UUGGGAUAGCGGCCACCUUAUUGUUUUUAUAUUAUUUGAAAUAGCCAUAAUAAAUAUUUUUUUUAUUUUGAUAGAUCAAUACACGUCGAUUAGUACAAUAGUCAAGUGUCGAUGAAUAUAACAACAUCUUUUUCGUUUAUUUCCACGAAAUGUGUGAAGUAUGUCAGAAAUAUUAUAAUGAUAGUAAAAUAAAAUAAAAUAAAAAUGAAAUGGGUAGUAAAAAUUCGAAAUCAAAACCGUAAAAGUUGUUGAUAUGUGUAUACUAAAACAAGCAAGAGAACAAUCAAAUUAUCAUGUUUUCCUUUUAUUAUUCUUUGUGUUUUCCUUCAGCUAUCGCUGUUUGCAAAGUAUAUUGGAUAUUUUCACAAUAUAUCGACUACAAAAAACUUUAUGUUAUAUAUAAAACAAAAACAACGAAAGUUUAUAAUUAUCUUAAAACAGGGUAUGUAGCAAUUAUGAUUGAAACAAUACAAUUUCAAAGAAACACCGUUGAGGCUUCACAGAAUUUUCAAUGCCGAAUUUGUUGUUUUGAGAAAAUGUUUACCAUUAAACUUUGUAGUAAAACACAGGCCGUGUUUCAAUGUAAACAUCCUUGGACUACCUAUUGAAAUUUUACAAAGCCUUAGGUAGUGAUUAAGCGCCGCCCUUCGCUGUACGUUGCUAUGGUUACGUAAAUGGAUGCUAAAUUAAUAUAAAAUGUAUUAAAUCGUGUAAACUUAUGUUAUUAUUUUGAUUAAAUAUUCUACAUAGUAUUACAAUAAAAUUAAAAAUAUAUUCCAAAAAGCUUUUGUAACGUUUAACGACUUAUUUGGUACCUAAGCAGUUUUUCAAUCGCUAAGAACCGGCAAAAACUCAGAGCUUAUUCUUUUGCGAAUAUAAUAUUAAGUCCAUCACACUGGUUUCAACACGGAUGCCAAAAAAUCAUGGUCACGAAUAAGAAAGUAUUAGGACGUUUAAUAUAUGAAUUACUCUGCAUAAGCGUCGAAAAUUGUAGUAAUUAGGGCACAAUGAAAAAUCCUAAAUAGAAGCUGAUAUAGUUGGUAAUCCAAGACCUUGCUAUAAAAAUUUGGACCAUAGGGAGAAGGAGAAUGUUGUGGCCGACGAGCCUGCAUCAAUAUUUUGGAAAAAUAUGUUUAAAGCAUUUAUUAUCCAAAUAGCAUCAAUGACGACCUUCAUUAUCAGAUGGCACUUGAAGAAGAUCAUGAUAACAUCAUAAAAUUGUACAAUAAUAGCGUAUCGUACUGUCCACGUUUGAUGCAUCCGUAUCACACAAGAUGUGAUGCGAACACAAUUUCUCAAAGGACUUGCGAUAAUCCACAAAUUUACGAAAUGGGUUAUACAUGUGGAUGGUCUAGGUGUGAUUGCAAUGGUGAUUUGGUACUAGACGAAGAAACAGGACUUUGCGUUGACUUGGACGCUUGCCAACUUAAAAAUGUCAAAUCUAAAAAAUAUAAAUCAAGAAAGUCUUACGGGUUACGAAAGAAUUUAAGAGUUGACAAUGAUGAAGACAAUCCUAUCCGACAAAUGUGAAUAGUUUAGUUUUAGUUUUAUGAUAUUUGGAUAACAAAAUAAGGAAAAAUAUGUUUUCGGGAAAUGUAAUAAAAAAUAAUAAUAAGAGUUAUGG